UAUAUAUAUAAAUUCAUGUUAUAGUAUAUGGUUUUUGAGAUGAUGGAAAGAUUCUUAAUGUCACAAGAAAUGAUGAGAAAAUCCAAAAAAAUGAAGGAAGUUAGAAAAUACAAGAAAUCAUUAGUUCCACGUUUAAGAUGGACUCCACAACUUCAUCAUCUCUUUAUUCAAUCUGUUCAAAAUCUUGGUGGAAGAAAUAAAGCAACACCAAAGAGAAUUGUGCAGAUGAUGGCCAUAAAGGGAUUGAAGAUUUCUCAUGUUAAAAGUCAUCUCCAGAUGUAUAGAAACAUGAGGGAGCAUCCAAGCCUCCAUGUUGUGAUGCCAGAUUUCAAUUUGUCUUCACCAAUGCAUGUGUCAAAAAUAUUAGGAGAACAUGCUCAAAAUAGCAGCAAACAGAAAGAAUCUGGAAGCAAAAAUGGUGAAAAUAUACAUUAUAAUUAUUACCAGGAAGCAGAAGGAAGUAUAAGUAGUGGAAUGACAAAGGAGGAAGAAGAAGAUAAUGCUGGUGAAAUAUAUGAGUAUAGAGAAACUAGUACUCAAAUUAACCUAGAUUUAACUCUCUCUUAAUCAUUUUUUUAAUUGUUAAUUAAUUAAUUAUGUGAGUAUAGAAUUAAAUAGUCCCCUAGCUAGUUGAUAUUUACCAUUUUUCUUAUGUUUAUGUACAUUAUGAUUAUAAUAAUACAACUAAGCAUCUAUAAAUUACAACUGUGGUA